ACAAUUUUUUUACUACUAGUAAAACAUUCUUCUCGUUUUAAAACAAUCGCCCUACAAGUAACAUAAAGAAAAAGGAGUACCACUAGUAACAAAAAUAAUUUGAUCGGUGAUCAUUCUUUCAAACUUCCAUAUGACUCGUGAAUAAAAAAACUUUUUUCUUCGCUUUUAUAAUGAAUGUCUUUAUUGCUAUCAGCUACAAUAUUUUUUUUAUUAGAAAGAUAAUUUAUUGGACAUUCAUAAAAUGUCCAAUAAAUUAUCUUUAUGAAUUGAAAUGUAUCAAUUCAUAUCACCAUUUUGAUACAUUGAGAUUUUGUUUUUUCCUUUUAAAAGAAUGCGACAAAAAGGGCGUUUAAGAAAAAGAGUAUCUUUCAAUUGCGUAUUGUUGACUCUUGUAAAAGAUCAGACAAAAUACACUCUACAAGAAAAACAAUAAAAAAACGACUCUAAGUUGAUUCAUACAGAGACACAAAAGUUUUAAAAAAAAAUUCUACACAAUUGUGCGCAGAAAUCAUUUGGUACUCUAUGUUACCCUUUGAGUAGUCUUAACGGGUGGUGCAGAAAGCGGAAGCAGAAGGGUGACGGUUUAGUGAACAGUCAAGAAGCGCUUUUUUUUCUUCCUUCUUAUAAUGUAUACGGCAUCGGAAUUGAAUCUGUUCAUGGAAGAAGCUUUAAAAGAAGUAGACUUUUUUGAUGAAGUUGAAACACAGUUCCCUUGAGCAGAAUUUGUGUGUGUUCUGUUUCAAGGCAAAGAUUGGUCUUCAAAUGGGUGAAGUUCCCGUCGGCUGCGUGUUAGUCUACCGUCAAGGUAUUGUAGCACGUCGACAUAAUCGCUGUAACUUUCUCUGUAAUGCAGCGAGGCAUUGUGAAUUAGAAGUCAUUGAUGAUUUUUUUGAAACACAACAAGAUUCCUUAUGUCCUUUGGAAUCUACUCACCAUGAAACAACAAGCGUUCCGCAAAACUAUGUACCUCCAUUUGUCAAUUCAAAGAAAAUCCAAAUGCUACAAGAUUGUGAUCUCUUUGUCACCUGUGAGCCGUGCAUCAUGUGCGCUGUAGCUCUUCGAUUUUUACGCAUUCGUCACGUCUAUUUUGGAUGCAACAAUGAGCAUUUCGGAGGUUGUGGAUCUGUUAUCUCUGUCUCUAACCAGUUACUAAAAGAGUUACCAAUCCUACCUAUUACAAGUGGAAUUUUAGCUCACAAGGCUGUUGAGUACCUUCAGCUUUUCUAUGCUAUUGGAAACCCUAAUGGUACGCAGUCAGAACUUUAUAUGAAAACAUUUCGGUAUGCUUUGAAUGUUGUUUUUUAGCUCCCAGUGAGAAAAGACAACGCCCUGUGACGAGCCACGGCGUGUAAAAUUUUACCUUUGUAUUUGUGAGACCCCUUCACGUUCCAUAACAAAAAAAAAAUAGCAUAGGCCAAAACUUCUUCCUAUUUUAUCUUGACUACUACAAUAUUUUAUUCAAUCAACUACUUAUUACCCGUUUCAUAAACAAACACUUACAUUCAAAUUUCACAGCCUGUACAUUGACAAAAAAUCAUCAUCUUUUUUUUUUACUGUUUUCUUCUAUACCAUUACUUCUUUCUUCAAAGCUUCCAGACAAAUUUUACAUUAAUGACAUCUCUUUCGCUCUACUCCUCAAUCAGAAACGAUGCUCUUCAUAAACAAAAACUGUAAAAUCUAGCCUGAGUCACACAUUAAAAGUUAUUUGAACAGAAAACAUUUUCACAAAAUACAAGUGUCAUAUUUCAUUCGUGUUCUAUUCCAAUUUUAAAUUUUGUUUUCUAAUAACAAGCUGAAAUAAGUUAUUCGCACUAUGUUUCCUGCACCACAUGGUAUGACGCGACGUUUUUUUUUCCUUCUUAAA